AUGGCAGGAAAGUCCAAUGGCUACCAUUCUCGGCCGGUAUCUCCAUCUUCCCCUUCGUCCUCCCUUCUCACUCUGCCGCCCUCGACCGAUCCUUGCACACUCACCACACCCGCCGAGGUCAGGAGGGCACUCGAGGAGCUGGAAGUACAUUCUGCUCGAGUAGACGAGGCCCUAGACGCUGCCAUCAGGUCUUCCACGAGGCGCGUACAGCAGUCGCAGGAGCGGAUAGCUUCCUUUGCUCCUCAGAUCGACCUCUUGACGGAAGAAGCUCAAGUGCUGCAAUUGAGAUUGGUAGAGGCAGCGCUGACCUCUGAUAGGAUUAGCGGAGCGGUCAGGGUGCUAGACGAAGAGAGGCGGCGGAUCAGAGUGGCAUCCGAGUGGGUGACCUGGACUCAGGAUCUGAAAGGCAGCUUGGCAAGCUUGAAUAGUGCAGUGGAGCAGGGCGACUGGGAGACGGCUACCAGACACGCCCAAAAGGCCAUGACCAUACCCAUCGAGGUCAUAGAGAGCGAAUUUGCAAUGAGGGUCGUGCCCACCACAGAGCAGCCUCUUGCGCCGGCUCAAACGCUCCUGGAGCUUCGAACCGUCCUGCUCCGUGUCUUUACACAAAAGUUUCAACAAGCUGCCGAGAACAAAGACGAAGCAGAGGCAAGCAAAUUCUUCAAGAUGUUCCCGCUGGUGGGUUGGAGAAACGAAGGUCUGGCUGCUUACUGUACAUUUGCCAGGGGUAUGAUCCGCGAAAAGGGCAAGGUCAUUAUCGAGGCGACGGGGAGAGGGGCCAAUACCCCUCUGCACCACGCCCACCUCCUCACGGCGCUCUUUGAGCAACUGGCCCUUCUCAUCGAUACUCAUCAAGCAGUCGUGGAUCGUCACUACGGCAAGGGCAACUUUGCAGCAGGCGUCAUGCCUGGUUUGCAAGAGGAGUGUGACUACAUCGGCAACAGGAUCAUCGAAAGCUGGAUCGAGAAGACGUCCAUCGGCAGAAGACUGGAUGAGGCGAGGGCUUUCACCUUCCACUUCCUGGCCAAUCUCGGGUCCUCGAAUACAGCGGGAAAGUCCUCUGCUCGCAUAGCCGGAACUGGAAAACCUGGUGUGCCUGGUCGCCCAGGCACCCCUGUUGGCGGCUUCAACCGUCCUUCGACGCCUUCUAAUGCUCCCGAAGAGCCGCAGGCUCCAGAUGGACGUGAGGUGGACCGCUUGCUGACCGAGCUGGCAACCAUGGCGGCCAGAUGGGCGACGUAUCAGCGCUUCCUACGCGGACGUCUCGAAGUGGAAGGCAGUGCGCAGACUCAUGCAAUCGAGCGGGACACUGAAGAUUCCGAGCUCAAAGACUACCGUCGAGGCAGUGUUGACAGUAGGCGCAGAGAGUCUCUCGCUUCGAUGGUAGCUCCAGAUGACACCAAUGAGGCUGCAGUCGGCGCCGAGAAGGUGUUGGAGGGCUCGACUUUGCGCAGCAAGAUGGACACUCUCCUGGAGGAGAUGUAUUGCCCGCUGGAGAGGUGGUACUUGAGGAGUAGUCUUGAAAAGGCACAUCGCAUCGACACAGCAGACCUCACGGCGCGCCCUCUCACCUCAUCCAUUCUAGACGAUGCCUUCUUCCUGCUUCGAGCCACCCUCACCCGCAUUCUCUCUACAGCCCAUCUGGGGUCCAUUUCAAGCAGCCUGCGCACUUUCCGUACGAUUGCAGAUGAGGACUAUGUGCAGAUCUUGGUGAGGAGGAUGGAGACUACUUGGCGUAAUGUAGGAGGGGCCAUGGCUGGACCGGAUGGACCUAGGAAGGAGACGGCCUCGAGGGAGAUGCGGACCCAAUUUGUGCUUUACCUCAACGUCCUCUCCAUCUCAGCAACCUACGCCGAGCGCAUCCUAGGGGACCUCUCCUCCGAAUCGCACCUCUCCACCCUCUUCUCCACUCCCACCGAGCAAGUCCAAGUCUCCUCACGCCUAUCUGAGCUCUCCGCUCUCCCCAACCGCCUGCGCAGCGCCCUCCGAACCGAGCUCGAGCAUCUCUUCACCCACCUCUCCAAACCACGAUUGCGCUCUCUCCUAACCGAAGCAUACAGAGAUGUCUCCUACUCUCUGUCGGAGGAAGAGUUUCAAGAAGCAGAAUACCAGGAUGUUUUCUUCCGACGCUUCACGAGGAUCUUUGACCACUUGCUCGCCAAUUUCAGAGAAGUGUUUACAGAGACCAACUUUGAAAUGUACUUCGCUCUGUGUGUGGAGCACGUAGUGAGACCAUGGGAGAGGAUGCUCCUAGGCACCGGCCCCGGUACCGGCAGCGGUGCAGGUGGUAUGAGGUUCACCGAGCUCGGCGCACUACGUUUUGAUAAGGACUGGAGGAGCGUGGCAAAGUACCUUUCGGAUCAGACUAGCUCGGCUGAAGUGAGGGACAAGUUUGCUAGAUUGCAGCAGAUCGCCUAUGUUCUCAGUCUGGACGAAGACGAUGACGAGGGCAUCUACGAGAGCGGAGCCUCGUCUGGCUUCUCGUGGAGGCUGAGCGCCAGCGAAGUCCGGGCAGUCCGGGCUCUCCGCGUCUAGAGAGCAACGGCGGUGCCGGUGUGGGCAAAUCUAUCAAGGUACAGUCAGAGAUUUGUCCCUCAUGUCGGGGGCGUGUGGGAGUCGAAUCGGUGAAGCAAUUCAUAGACUUUUUGCAUUGCAAUUCGAUAUGCUUAGAACGCGGAAAGAAUGAACGGACAUUGGAGGCGAGGAACAAUGAGGGGACACAAGAACAAAAGAAACGCAGCAUAAGAAGAGUAGAAAGAAAGAAAUUCGCAGCCAGUAGAUAUCUUCGAUUCGGGGGGUAUCGUGUCGAGGAGGUCAUCGACAACUUUACGAGGUCCUCCACUGCACCGGUGAUGCCUUGUUCGAUGACUGUG